ACGGAUAAAAGUCAGGUACCGCCCAGCAUUCGCGACUGUCGCGGUGGGACCCUCUGUGUGCCUAGUUUUUGUAUUUUGUGGUGCCCAGAGUACAGGUCGAUCUAACCCAAACUGCCACCUGUACUCGACUUCGACCGCCGCAGGCGGAACAAACGGCGCUGCCGCCACCGCACCGCACAAGGCGGCGCGAUCCCAACGCUCCAUUCCUCCCGCCGCACGUCGCCCAUCCACCCACCCACCUCAGCGCAACUCGACAAAAACCCUCGCUCCAAAACUUACCCCGCUCCCCUUCCCUCCCCUUCCCUCCUUCCUCUUCCAAUCCCCUCCGCUCCUUGUCCGUUUCGCCCACCGACGCCACGCCCCACUGCUUUCCUCUUCCUUCGCCAUGGUCUUUCUCGCCGACUCGUCCUCCUCCCGAAUCCAGCGCUCCCUCGGCCGCUCCAUGCGCACCCUCCGUUCCAACCUAUUCCGCAACGAUCCGCCCGCCGGCGCUUCGCCGCAUGCGGGCUCCGCCGCUGUAUCAGAGAAUUUGACGGACUCGCUCGUCGACUUCCAGCUGCAGCAGCUCGCCGUCGGCUCUCCCCGCGGUUCCGAUGCCAAGUCCGCCGCCUCCUCCGCCGAAUCUGUUUCCGAGAUUCUCGAGCUAUCGCGGGAUUUCUCUGACUGUUCCGGCUUCAGCUCGGAUAUAUCCGGCGAGCUUCAGCGGCUCGCCUCUGCGCCACCCGCUGAGGCGCAGCCGAGCCCCUCGGCGUCCGCGGCCGCCGAUGCUGAGGCGUACGAGUUCGUGUUUGCCUUGUCGUCGUCGUCGUUGGAGGCCAUCGAGAGCGCUUCGGUCGAGAGCAUCGGGCCGGCGGUUGGCGCGUGCGUGGAGGCGCUUGGGGCGUCGUCCCCGGAGUUGAAACGGGCGGCGGCGGCGGGAAUACGGCUCUUGGCGAAGCACCGGUCGGACUUCCGUGCGCUGAUCGGGGCAUCGGGGUCGAUUCCGGCGCUGGUGCCUCUGCUGAAGAGCAUCGACCCUGCGACGCAGGAGAGCGCGGUGACGGCGCUUCUGAAUCUCUCGCUGGAGGAGGAGAACAAGAAGCCCAUCACUACCGCGGGGGCUAUCAAGCCGAUGGUAUACGCGCUGCGGACGGGGACAGCAGUGGCUAAGCAGAAUGCUGCCUGCGCACUGCUUAGCCUGUCGAUGAUCGAGGAGAACCGGGGGGCAAUCGGUGCCUGCGGGGCGAUUCCGCCGCUGGUGUCUCUGCUCGUGAGCGGUUCGAGCCGGGGAAAAAAGGAUUCCCUAACCACGCUGUACAAGCUGUGCUCGGUCCGGCGGAACAAGGAAAGGGCUAUCAGCGCCGGGGCGGUGCCUCCACUGGUGGAGCUGGUGGGGGAACGCGGCGGCGGCACAGUCGAGAAGGCGCUGGUGGUGCUAGGAAGCCUGGCUGCGGUGCCGGAGGGUAAGGAUGCGGUGGCGGAAGCGGGAGGGAUCCCGGUGCUGGUCGAGGCAAUGGAAACCGGACCAACAGCUGGGAGAGAGUUCGCUGUGCACGCGCUGCUGCAGCUCGCCGCCGAAAGUCCCCAUAUCCAAAGGCUUCUCUUGGGCGAAGGCGCAAUCCCACCAUUGGUUGAGCUUUCGCAGGCUGGCUCAACGCGAGCUAAGCGCAAGGCAGCGAUGCUGCUGGGCUAUUUGCGGGAGCUGCGGCACUAGAACAACUCCUCUGCGCCAGCCAUGGCAGACUAAAGAUCACUCGGUAACGUUAAUCCCUGUUCAAAUUUAUCAUUUUCUAUACAUUUUAAUCGCCAUCAGUAUGACUCUUGAUAGAAGUAUCAUUUUCUGGAGUUGUAUGUGUGUGUAUAUAUCUAUAUAAUAUUGUUUGUAUAAUUCAACUAGAUUUGGGGAAAUGUGGAUUGGUCUUGAGUAGGAUUUGAUUUUUUAGCUGUGUAGUACAAAAAUUUCUUGUAGUAACCAAUAUUAGUUGCAUCUUUUUCUCUAAAGGAGUGUUCGAUAUGAUUGAAGGAUGUGUUGCUCCGUUCAACUGAUUCACUCGGGAACCAAUAGCCGAAACUCGUCUCUUUGAACCUGAACAAUUGGGGAGGAGGACCCAUGAUAUUACAACCUGUUUCAGCAUGUAAACACCAAUCUUCAGGAAUGCAAAUCCUUUACUAAAGAGCCCCUUCAUAGAAAUCUUGUAGAUGAGCCUCCACUCAUCUUUUGUUGUCUUUGUCAAUAAUGCAUUAAGUGGUUGCAGGAGCUGAACUAACUACAUAGUAAACCAAAUUAAGACUGUCCAUAGUCAUGCCAAUGACGCGCGGCAUACGAAAGCUACUCCCCAGCCAAUGCUUGGAAAAACAUUAUUUAAACAUGACGCGAUCUCUGUUUUUUGUGCUUCUAAAACGGAUCUGAUGAUCUUCAUGCUAUUAACAAUUAGGAAUGUUCUGACAUAUUUGUAUUUGCUAAUUGCAGCCUUAUUAGGUAAUGACUUAUGAUCUUCUAUCAUCCAUAAGCUAAUUAAGUCGAGAUAUUCAUCAAACUGAGAAUAAGCUUACGCAUGCAUCUGGUGAUUUUUUUCUCUUCUUCAUGUUCAGCUAAGUUUCCCUGCCGACCAAUAAGACAACAUAGGUUACUUCAUCCAAAUAUUAUUGAUGAAUAGCUAGUUAAAAUAUUUGCCUGCUACUUUGUGACAUUGUCAGGGCUAAAACCAUAAUGAUCCUCCUAUAUUCAAAGAUCAUAAUAUGCUUAUCACACCACCUUAAACUUUUGAAACAAAUGAUCAUUAGAAUGUAAAGCAAAAAAAAUCAUUCUAUUAGAAUAUUCACACCUUAAUUAAGCAACUAGUAUGAACUAUUUCAGUGAAAUUAUUUACUUUUGUUUGUAUGAGCAACUUAAAUUGUUUAGUGUUGAUGAUUUUAAAAUAAGUCUUUUCUUGCUGAAAUUCUGCAUUGAGACAAAGUUUGGUGCAUGGGAAUUGGCUCUUCCUCUCACAGCCUCUUGAUAAGAUAGAAUCCCAGAAGCUAAAUGACUCAUUAUUUGCACAACUUGGCUUAUGAAUAGCACCUUCAAACUGCAGUGAUGGUCACUGCUAUGUCUUAUAUGACCUUGGAAAUAAUUUAUCCAUGGCCACAUAUCAAUUUCAGGAGUCAUUGUCAACAACACAGCACAUAAACUCAGGUAUUCUAACACAAUUGUUAUUGUAUUGCAAGCAAUUACUGUAAUCUCUGUGGCCAAGCAUCCGUUUUAGUAGAUAUUGGUUGAUAAGUGUGUUGGCUAUUCCAGCCGGCUGAGGGUUGAGAUGGUGAUAGCUUUAAGUGCCUGUAUCAAUACAAAUAUGUGUCUUGGGACUCUGUUGGCUU